AUGGAGUCACGGGUUCCAUAUAAUUUGUCUGAACACUAUGAACAAUUUGGUGUUGUUCUUGAUGACUCUGGACUGGAAACCAUGCUUGAAAAGUUGAUGGAUGAGACUAUAUAUGUCCCAUGUCUAGAGGUAUCGCAUCUCUAUUCAAUAAGGCUCUAUGCUUAUAAAUUUUUCUUUCCUCGGGUGGGUGGAUUAACUCUGGAUUCUCACCAUGGUUCUGUGGUUGAAUACGGAGAGCAUAUGGAUAUCGAGCUUGAAGUUUUCAAUGUUGAUGACUCCGAAGUCACCUUAAAUAUUUGCUUGGGUGAGCAAUUUCAUGGUGGAGAUCUGUUCUUUCAUAGUGUUCGGUGCACUAAACAUGUGAAUACAGCCAAUCAGGGGUAUCUUAAUUUUCAGAAUCAGAGUGCUGCUGUUGAAAAUUUUGAUUAUAACCACAUUCCAGGAUGAGCAAUUCUUCGUCAUGGUCGCCAUGGGCAUGGUGCAAGAGCUACUAUUUCUGGGCACCAGGUCAACUUAGUUAUAUGGUGCAGAAGGUAUCUUUUUCUCCUAUCUUCUUCACUUAGCACCCUCUCUUUUGCAUAAACGAACUCCACAUCAAGUAAAACUUCUUUGCCUCAAUGAUAGUAUAGUUUUGAAAAAGUAUGGAAUCUCAGAAGAUCUAAUUCUCAGGCUUCCUUUUAACAUCCAUUAAUGAUUCCUUCCUAAUACAGUUGUAUUGCAUUCUUGCUGGAGAGCUGUGAACUUGAUCUCAUUUUGCUCUUAGUGGUUAAAGUGGUUUGGUGCUCAGUUAGUGUGAAAGUCAGAGCUGUUUGCCAAAUUGGGAUGGUAUAUCGGCAUCUUGAGUCAUUAAUUCCUCUCAAGUUUUGCUUGUGAAGUUAUAUGAUAGCAGCAUUCUCACCCUUAUUAUAGUAGUGGCAAUUCUUUCUUUCCUCUUCUUUUCUCGGUCCUUUUGCUAGGGUUUUGUUGGUGAUAUAUGAAGGGUGCAUGUUUUUAUUUUUCUCUCUUUCCAGGUUGGAUAAAUAUGUCUAAUGCAAUGUUGUCUUAUUAGCUUUCAAAAUUGAAAUAUGUAGUACUCUCUGGUGCGUUGCAAUCAUACAAGAAGAAAAAUAUUAUAGUUGAAGCUCAAUGUUCUAACUAGUCAUUCCUUUCCUUGCAAGAACUUUAUCAGAUAUUCAAUUAGGCUUUUAAGCAGAACUACAAUCAAUGACCAUGGCCUAGCUGUCAAUGUACAAAUAUCUAGAAACUUAAAGACUUUGGCAUAUGGUGCUAAUCCCCAUCUAAUUCUUCAUUCUGUACCACGGUCCAAGCUGUGCUUCAAAUAGGUACAGACACUCUCACUUGAUACAGAUGAACUUUCACCUGGCCUUUUUUGUUAUUGUCAUUGUGCUUCUUUGCUGCUGACUGCAAAAACACAGUUAGAUCUUCUCUCAGGUAUACGCAGAAGGUGUGACAAUCUUUAGAGUCUGUUUAGCCCGUUUCAUAAAGUUUUUUGCAGUAUUAUGGUGUCUUUUUAUGUCUUGAUUCAAAAUGGGAGGGGCCGUUUUCCUAUUGCAGGUUGCUUGCUUCUUUUCAUCCCAGUAUUUUUCCAUGGCCUCGAGGGAAGAAUUAAUAAUUCGAACUUUGGUACGUCUUGUAGUAGUUGGUCCAUGAAGGGAACGGUAGGUGUGGUGGCUUGGCCAUGAAAAAAUAUUGAUGACUGUGAGGGUUUGUUUUUGUGUUAUAACUUGAUUUUCAAAUUGCAAUUAAUUGUAUGCCAUAUCAUCUUUUUUUCAA